AUGGCAGGUACCCGCGGUUCUACUCAGGGAAGGACAGGCAAUGCACCUGACGACCUUAUCACUACCGUCGGGGGGUUGGCCACUUUUGUCCAGAACAUGAGUCAAGAGUGGAGAGAAUAUCGGCACCAGAAUCUAAACCAACCCCAGAUGCAGGACAAUGCUGAGGAAAUUGCCAGACGGAGGUUGAAAGACUUCCGAAACUUUCAGCCGCCUACAUUUGAAGGUGGGGAUAAUCCUCAGGCAGCAGCGAGAUGGCUGCAAAUGAUUGAGCACAUAUUUGAGCGGAUGGUAUGCCGUGAAGCUCAGAAGGCUGACUAUGCAUCAUACCAGUUGAUUGGGGAAGCUUUGACUUGGUUGACCAGUGCGAGGGCUCUGCUGCGAGCUCAAAAUGUUGAUCUGACUUGGGCUGUGUUCAGACGGGUUUUUCUCGACAAGUAUUUCCCAAAGGCCAUGAGAAGAAUGAAACACACUGAGCUGCUAUCACUAAGGCAGGAUAACAUGACUGUCAACGAAUAUAUUGCUAAGUUUGGGCAGCUGAUGGAAUACGCCAAUUUUGAUCGGAAUAUCUAUGACGAAGAGUGGCAGGUAGAGAAAUAUGAAAGUGGAUUGCACCCGGAGAUCCGGAAACUCAUGCUGACUACAACUAAUCGUACUUUGCCUGAGUUGAUUAAUCAGAGUCAGCAAACGGAGGAAAUUAUCAAUGAAGCAAGGAAUCUGUCUAAACAGCCGAUGCAAUCUCAGGGAGGAAGUAAAGUGGGCCGGUUCUUCAGAAAAAUUACCGGAAUGAAUAGAGGCAAGGGUCCGCAGUUGCAAGCUUGGACUGGAAACUGCAAGAAGAAUAUUGCUCCUGGUCAAUCAUCUACCGGACGAUAG